GCGGCGCUGGGCCGGGGGGGGAGCCGGGGGGCCGGGAGCGGGGUAGGCUGCGCCCGUACUUAAGCGGGCUGCCCGAGCCGCUGACGUCUUUCGAAUUGGAGACGGGCUGCCCCCCUCCCGCCCCGAGCUCCCGCGGACACGGCUGGGGACGGAGGUCCAAGUGUCUGUCUAGAAUGCCCCGGCAUGUACAACAGCUUAGAGACCAUGAUAUAAAUCCAUGUGUAGCGGAAACAGAUGCCUCUAGAAAAUGUAUGGAUGACAACAACUAUAAGAAGGAUAUGUGUACUGCUUAUUUUUUGAAGUACAAAAACUGCAGAAAAUUCUGGCAUGACAUUAUGAUGCAAAGGAGAAGAAAAGGUGUAAAACCAGAGAUGCCCUCAGCAGAAGAGAGGAAGAAAAUGUUGGAAACAAUGGAGAAUCCCUACUGACUAGAAACUUGCAUUGAUUGACUGUUUCCAGUGUACAGAUGAAGACUUGUAGCAAGUUACCCUUUUAUGAACUGGACUUUACAGUUGUCAUGUCUUGGAUUAAAAUAAGCUCUGAUAUUUGGGAA